CUUUAUUCAUUCCCACAAGCUUCAUUUCAUUUCAUUUCAUUUACAUUUCAUACUCUCCAUGUCACCUCCUGUUCAUUCAAAGACCAAGCACUCCGAGUCUGCAGCUGCUCGUCUAUGCGGUUCUGCAGCCUCUGGGAUCCUCGAGCUGGUGAUUUUCCAUCCCAUUGAUACCAUUGCCAAGCGACUCAUGAGUAACCAAACUCGGCUGUUAAGUUCAGGUCAACCGUUGAGCACCGUAUGGAAAGCAACCAACAAGGUGAUCUUCAAGGAAGCUGCGGAUGCUGCAUUCCUCCAGAAAUAUACCUCUUUAUUUCCGGGGCUAGGGUUUGCAGCAGGAUACAAGAUCUCACAGAGAGUGUACAAGUAUGGAGGACAACCAUUUGUGAACGAAUAUUUAAAUAGUCACUACAAAUCUUGGUUCCAUCGAGUCUUUGGAGAAAAAACUGGCAAGACAAUGAUGCAUGCGACCGCAGGUUCCUUGGUUGGGAUUGGUGAAAUUGCUUUGUUGCCUUUGGAUGUCCUCAAAAUCAAACGACAGACCAACCCAGACGCCUUUCGUGGGCGUGGGGUCUUUAAGAUUGUUGCAGAUGAAGGCAUGGGCCUUUACAGAGGGGCAACCUGGACAGCAGCUCGCAAUGCACCUGGGUCUUUUGCACUUUUUGGCGGCAGCGCCUUUGUGAAAGAAUAUAUUUUCAGAUUGGAUGAUUACAACAAGGCAACAUUCUUUCAAAACUUUUGUGCUUCCAUUGGUGGUUCCGUAGCCUCCAUUACCGUUGCUGCACCCCUGGAUGUGGUCAAGACCAGGAUCCAAAACAGAAACUUUGACAGCCCUGAGGGGGGUAUGAGUAUCAUUCGGAAUAUGGUGCGAAAUGAAGGGUUCGGUGCCUUCUUCAAGGGUCUCUUACCCAAAAUCCUGGUUGUUGGACCUAAACUCGUCUUCUCGUUCACAGUGGCUCAACAGCUCAUUCCAAUGCUCCAUAUCAAGUUUGAAGACCUUGGGUUGACUCACGUUGGUAAUACCAGCAAGUCUCGCUCUGCGUGAGAAAGAUAAAAGAAGACAAAAGAAGAAGGGCGACCAUAAAAUAGGUCAUGCUCACCCAAAGUGUUGAUUCAAUCCCCUAGUGACUUUUAAAUAAUAAUGUCAUACAAAUUCUUUAA